CGAUGAUCCACGAAUCUAGGUAGCGUUUUCGCGUGAUCGAUCGGGAGUGCCACCGAUCGAGAGAAAGAGGAAAGAGCGAUUUGGAUGAUUGUUUAUAAAGUGUUUUAUAGUGGAGACGUUGAUUACCUACAGGACGAUGCGAUGGGCUCUCUUCGAUCGUGCGCGCUCGCGGUGGUGGAUGGAAGCCGGGAUUUCAAGCAUGGAGGAGCUAGCGCUGGCGGCGCCGCUGCGAGGCGAGUGAUGAUCGGCGGGAUUGCGAGGAGGAAUGGAGCUUCUUCGUCGGCUAGGGUUGUGGCUAUGGCGGGCGUGGUCGUGGCGGAGCCAGUGCUGUGCAUUGGCAGAACGCUUGUCUUCUACGCGUUCUUGCAGCUCGGGCUUGCGGGACGGGCAGCCUCCGACGAGGAGAAUGGAUGGGAAGCGUGGCUCCAGCGCGUUCUUUUUGGAACUUCAGGUAUACAUUUCUUUGAUUUCCCUCUCUUGGGAGAUUUUAGGGUUCUUCCUCCGGUGCCAGGGAAGCGGAAGAACGAGAGGAACGAGCAAGUGAGAUUCCGGACGAAGUGGCACGCCAGCACCAAGGGCACUCUCGUCCGGCGCUACCGCGUCCCCACCGUCUCGCAGGGCCGGAAGCUCCUCACGGCCAUCUCCUCCCUGCUCUCCAGCGACGAUUCCUUCCGCGAUGCGAGCUCCCACAAGGGAUGCCAGAUCCGCCGGGAGAAUGCGCACGCCGAGUCCGUGUGCUGCCACAAUGUGAGGGCUCUCCUGGACCAGCUCCCGACGCCGCAUCUGGUGGUGGAAAUCACGGCAUUCCCUCCGGCUCCAACGAUCACCGAGAUCCAGUACGCCAAGGCCGAGAAGAUCGAGCAGGUUCUCAGGAAGGGCGUCUCGAUCUGACGAACGAGGGAAUGUAAACCUAGCGCGCGGUAUAUUCGCGUGCUCGAGUGGUGGCAUAUUCGCGUGACCGCCGUACUCCACAAUGUCAGUACUGUUCCUUUUACCUUUUU